AUGUCGGGUAUUCCCGACGUCCGCGUCUCGAGCGCAACGAUCGAUAAUGCGCGAAUCCACUCACCCGAGCACUCUCGUCUCAGUCGUCAGCAAACCGGUCCCUCCGCUGGCGCAAAGCCGCUUGCAAGCGAAGGCGCUCUCACCGACACAGCAUCAGCUACCGCGUCCCUCCCGAGUCUGCACGAUCCCAACUCGCGGGAUGCCUCCAAGAACGAGCACGGCGGCAGCACUGCCGGAAUCAACAACGCCAACGCCAACAGCAACAGCAACAGCAACAGCAACAGCAACAACAGUAACGGCAACAGUACCAACAACAAUGGAACCAAUGAUAGUGGCAGCGGCGUCGACCUCGGCCCCUCUCACACCUCCGAGACGGAGUCGAUCGAAGAGAUAUCCCAGGAGGAUCUCGAGUGGAUCGCAAGCUACCAGGAGCGGGUUCAAAGGCUUGGAUUGCCCCUGGAUGUGCUUAAGCGAGGGCUCUCGAACCUGGGCAUGUCGCCGGACACGCUUCGGCCGGUUUAUCUGAAACUUGCGGUGCAUGGGGGAGGACUCGAGGAUAUUAGCAUUCUCAAGGACUAUGUCUAUCUGCAAGUGCUGGAGCUCCCGCGGAACAACAUAUCUGAUUGCUCCGUGCUCAGCUCGAUGCGCUACCUGGUUCAGUUGGAUCUCUCCGGCAAUCGGCUGUCGUCCGUACCUAGAUUCGACCCUCCUCCAUACAAUCUCCAAGUCAUGGAUCUCUCGAAGAACCAGAUCACAGACAUCGGAGACAGUCUCAGUCAUCCGUUUCUCAAGAAGCUCUGUCUCGAUUACAACCUCGUUGAAAACAUAUCCGGGCUCUCCGGAUGCAAGUUUCUCAGCCACUUGAGCCUGGCACACAAUCGCAUCUCUCGAAUCGAUAAUCUCGAUGGGUUGCCGAUUGUGUACUUGAAUUUGUCCCACAACUCAGUCUCGUCCAUCGCCGGCAUCCACGGCCUGCCCGGGAUCGAGGAACUCAAUCUCAGCCACAACGUCAUCGAGAGCCUCUCCACCAUCGACGUCAAUCACCCGUCAUUGCGGACGCUGUUGCUUCACUCCAACCGGAUCGUCGAUCGCGACGAAAUCCACCACCUUGAAGGUCUCGAAAUGCUGCGUGCCUUGACUCUCGAGACCAACCCGAUCGAGGACGACCCAACGUUUCGGCUCUGGCUGGUGUAUCGGCUGGCACGCCUCGUCACCUUUAAUGGAUUGCCGGUCAGCCCCGAGGAGAAAAUCAGGGCCCUCAAUAUCUACUGCCCGCCGCCAGAGGUCGUCGCCAGCAUCCAGCACAUCGAGACCCAAAUGACCCAGCUGCGGUGGUAUGCAAAGAUCCGGGCCGUCGACUUGAUGCGAGCAGAAUCGCUGCAGCCGCUGGUCCUCUGCGGUCCACCCGACACUGGAAAGAGGGCCCUGGCGAAGGCACUGGUAGAAAUUUACCCUGAUAUUUACAAGCUGUCAGUCUCGUACACAUCUCGCCCUCCACGCAAAGAUGAGAUCGACGGAGUCGAUCACCAUUUUGUCUCCGACCUGACGCUGCAGUCGAUGCUUCUGGAUGGCCUGCUCGUUGAGUGCGUUGAAACGGGAGGGCAUCAUUACGGUAACUCGCUCGAUGAAGUCGAUCGUGUCACGGCAGAAGGGAAGAUCUGCAUUCUCAUCGUGGAAGCCAUCGGAGCCCUGAUCGUCCAGCGCUCGCCGCUCAAAUGCAAAUAUGUCUCGGUGGUCAAAUCUCCCGAGUCGGGCGGAGUGGUGUCUCGGCCGGACAGCACAGACGAGCUGCCUCGAAUCGAUACGCCCGAGAAAUAUGUGAACUCAUCCGAAGCUACCCUUCACAGCCUGGCCAGGCCGCCGUCUCGGUCGACGACGGCGGUAUCGCUGGCGAGCAAAUACACCGACCCGACCCUGUUCGACUGCAUCAUUUUCGGCCCGGAUUUUGAGACGAUACUGCAGAAGCUGUGCGAGUUCUGUAUUGUCACAUAUCCCGACAGCCAUGCCAUCCGGGGCUGA